AUGUUUAGAUUACAAGUACGUCGACUUCGCUCUAUAGGUCCAAUACGUGCAACGGGGAUGCGAAUGUUGUGGUGGGGUUACAAGGAAGAAGAACUUCACCGUCUUGCACGGCAACGACCUUGGUGGGAGAAUGCAGCUAUUUUUGCGGGUCUUCUUUGUUUUAUUCAGGUAACUAGUUUAUGUUACUACUUUGGUAAUCGUUGGUAUCAAGCUUGGCGUCCAUCUGGUAAUAACAUCUAUAUCAAUAAUAUGAUGGAUAAAAAAGUGUUUUCACGUCCUGAUUUAUCUGUAGCAGCCGUACGCAUGGUAAUUCAUCAUGUACUCUCAGGUGCUCAAACACCAUUUGGAGCCCCAAUGGUUUUUCCCGAGUAUAUGCGUCCAGAAGCAGAAGAAUUAAUGGAGUUUAUACUUCAACUUCAUCGUGAACAACCAAUGUUCUCUAUACCUGAUCUAUGGGCAAUGUUAACAGCUAAAGCAUUAGCACGUUUGGGUGGACCUAAUAUUUCCGUACGACGUGGUAGACCACAAUUACCUCUUGAUUUAACAGAGGAACAACUCUUAGUUGAAACUCCUUCUUUGGUUCCUGAAUCAACACGAGAUGUUUUCGCUAUGAAGCGUUUACUAGCAAAACAAGGAUUUUCUGUGGAAGAAAUUGUAGCUAUUAUUGGUGGAAUUCGAAAUAUUGGUUUUCAUGAAGACUCUGGUUUUCAUACAAAAGAAGAAGUAAAACCGCAAAUGCGUCGACGUCCUGGUUUAAUGGGACCAGAAGAAGAUAUUUUCCAUUUACCUGAUUCUUUUCAUAAGUGUACCUUAGAUCCUUAUGUAUUUGGUGGUGAAUAUUUUGAUCUUCUUCUUGAUUAUAAUUGGAGAAAGAAAGGAUUUUUCCAUCGUCGUGGAGAUCAUUUCCGUUGUGAUGAGGGAGAUCGUAAACGUGAAAUUGUUCUUCUUGACCCUUUUUCAGAACAAGCACUCAAUAAAGAACGAAAACGAUUACAAGCUCAAGAAAAUGCACGAGAGGCAGUGGAGCGGGCAACACAAAAACGUCAAAGUAUUAAAACGGAUGAUGAAUUGGAGGAUUCAGAAACUGGUCGUGUAGGAGAGGCUCAGUACAUUCCUGGUAUAAAUACAGAUAAUGAUGAUGAUAAUGCAAAGGAUGAGAAGAUAGAUUUGGAAAAAGAAUUUGAGGUGCCAGAGUUUAAAAGCCCAUGUUCAAGUGUAUCUUUGCGGGAAAUAGAUAUGAUGCUUCUAGAUGAUGCCCUUUUAACAGGAUGGUUGCACCGUUUUAGCGCGAAUGAAAUUCGUUUCUACACCGUAUUUGGUGAUAUUAUGGAAAAGAUUCAAUCUCGUGGUUACAACAUCAAUUCUCUUUACAUACCCACAUAA